AUGAUGUCACAACGAACGGAUUUUAGAAUAAUAGUUUCUGUUUGGUUUUUAUGUAUAAAUAAAACUUCAUCUGUUUAUCCAUUAAAAUUAAAUACAUAUUUAUUUCAUAACUCAACAUAUUAUCAAACAUUUAUGGAACAAAGUAAAAAACAUUUUAAUGAUCAAUUUUGGACUAAAUUUAUUCAACAUCAGACAAUAAAUAAACAUAUCCAUUGCCUUGCAAAUGAAAUAAUUACAUUAAAUCAACAGUUAAAAUCAGUUUCUGAUCAAUUAAACGUUAUUGUCAAUACGAAAGAGAGAAAAGUCAAUUUAAUAUUAGAUAUUGGAUAUUCCAAUGAUGAUGUAGAAUAUGAUGCUAAAACAAAAUAUAUGACUGUUCGAGCGAGACAAGAAUUACCAAAUAUAACCACUAUAGCAACAACAAAGACAGUAUCAUGUAUGAAUGGUUCUAAUAUAAUAAAAAGAACGCGAAUAAAACGACAACAAAAAAAUCAAAUACUAGAUAAAGUAUCAUCAAAAUCCGUGAAUUCUUUUCCAUUUUAUUUAAAAGAUGAUGAUGUUCAGAAAUAUUCAUCAUUGGACAAUUUAAAACAAGUUUCUAAUAAACAUCACAUGUUAUUAUUAGAAAAUGAUCAAGUUAUUAGCGUGUAUUUGGAUGCAUUAAGAGAAUUUUAUCCAAUGUUUGAACAUAAAAUUGAACAUAUUGGAAUAUUUCAUCAAAUAGAUUUAGAAGAAAAAUUUUUGUUUCUUAAAAUUUUAAAUGGAUAUAUUGAUACUUAUAGGAUCAAUUCCACUCACCUGAAUGUUUUAACCUACUGGAAGUUAACUGAACCGAUUGAACAAUUCAAUCAUGGUCAAAGAGAAUUAGAAUAUUAUAAACGAAUUAUUACUAACAUUAAUAAUACUAUUGAGAACCAAUCAAAUGGUGAUUCAAAUACAGAGUCAAACUUUUUAAAAGCUAUUAGAGAUCGACCAAAAUUCGAACAUCAAGAUUUUUUCACACUUAUGGAAGAUGUUUUAAUUCAUAAAUAUCGUACUGAUCCAAAAGCUGCCUCGUGUAUACUUGAAUUUUUUUUCGAAGAUAUUUUUACAUGUGACGGUCGUUUAUUAUAUCCUCACGAAUUAGAUCUUAUUGCAAAAAAUGGCGGAAUCAUUUUUCAUGGAGUGGUCAUUAAUAAUGUUAAUGAAAAACAAGUUUAUCCUUUAGAAUUAAAUGGUACUGUAAUAAUUGAAGAUAAACUGUUAAUACGUUAUGGUAGUCAAUCAUCAUCAACGCAACAUUCAGAUUUCCUAAUGAAUAUUAAUGGUGGUGCUGAAUGUCAAGAAUGUGCUAAAAUUGAUUUACGAUAUAGAGUUAAACAAGAAGCGAUGUAUAUGAAGUAG